CAACAAAUACAGUACCAACAAAGCUGACAUCUACAAAACGGUGACAAUUGCUUUUCAUCGUACCUUCCAUAGACGGCAGAAAAAAAUUGUUGAUUAGACAUUUCGGACGGACAAUUUAUUGUCAAUUAGUUUUAAAUUAGUUAAAAUCAACAUUUUUGUAUUAUUCUGCUUAUCUAUACCAACGCAAAGGUGCAAUAAAAACAGCAGCAAAUUCAGGCAGAUUUGUAAAGAGCCUGCGUACAACCAGAGGAUACGUAACGAUUAGUACCGUUGUUGAACAGCAGCUGAAUAAAGGUGAGAAGUCGGAGCAGGAGCAGCCACAAGUAACAAUGGCGGCGAGCAAUAGCAGUGGCAUAAUUGAAGCGACUUUUCCGAGUGGUGCAUUGGUGCCUAAGGCGGAAACAGGAGUCAUAAAUUUCUUGCAAAAGUAUCCGGAUUACGAUGGGCGUGACACUGUGAUCGCCAUUUUCGAUUCAGGCGUCGAUCCGCGUGCAGCAGGUUUGGAGACGCUAUGUGAUGGUAAAUCCGUGAAGGUGAUUGAACGUUAUGACUGUACGGGUUGUGGUGACAUUGACAUGUCCAAAAAAGUUAAAGCUAAUGAUAAAGGAUUCAUCACUGGAUGCUCAGGACGUCAACUUAAAUUGUCGCCACAAAUGACGGCUUCCAACACUGCCAACGGCGAGUAUCGUAUCGGUGUGAAGAACUUCCAUGAUUUAUGUCCAUUCAAAGUGAGAGAGAACAUAAUCAAUUUCUACAAAACCAAGGAUUGGGAUGGCCCUAACAAAACGGCCACGGCGGCAAUUUCGCGUAAAAUCACGGAAUUCGAAGCGCAAAAUUCUGAUUUAACGAAAUUGAGUUGGGAUAAGAAAUUGAUUAAGGAGGAUUUGGACAACACUUUGGAAAUGUUAAACAACUAUGAUAAGAUAUACAAGGAUAUAAGAACCACAUAUGACUGUGUUUUGUAUCAGACCGCCAACGGUUGGCAAGCAGUUGUGGACACUACAGAAAAGGGUGAUCUUGAGAAUGCACUACAUCUUGGCGAGUACUCGAAGACACAUGAAAUAAAGAAUGUUGACGAUUUCUUCUCCAUAUCGGUUAAUGUACAUGAUAAUGGUGAUGUGCUUGAGAUUGUGGGCAUGUGUUCAUCACAUGGCACACACGUCGCUUCCAUCGCCAGCGGCAAUCAUGCUUCUAAAGAUGUCGACGGUGUUGCGCCAAAUGCACGCAUUGUUUCGCUCACCAUCGGCGAUGGGCGUUUAGGUUCUAUGGAGACUGGCACCGCGCUAGUGCGUGCCAUGAUGAAAGUUAUGGAGCUAUGUCGUGCCGGCACCAAAGUAGACGUGAUCAAUAUGAGUUAUGGCGAACAUGCGCACUGGUCGAAUGCCGGUCAAAUGCAUCAAUAUGACAGUCCUUUGGUUGUUGAUAAGAAACGUAAAAGGAAACGGAAAGCCUACAUGAGCCGCAUCGGUGAGCUAAUGAGCGAAGUUGUGAACAAAUAUGGUGUUGUAUGGGUUGCUUCUGCCGGUAAUCAUGGACCUGCUUUGUGCACUGUUGGCACGCCACCUGAUAUUAGCCAGCCUAGUUGUAUUGGUGUCGGCGCCUAUGUCUCACCACAAAUGAUGGAAGCCGAAUAUGUGAUGCGUGAAAAAUUGCCGGGUAACGUCUACACAUGGACAUCGCGUGAUCCCUGCAUUGAUGGCGGUCAAGGUGUAACGGUGUGUGCCCCCGGCGGCGCCAUCACUUCAGUGCCACAAUUUACCAUGAGCAAAUCGCAAUUGAUGAACGGCACCAGCAUGGCAGCACCGCAUGUGGCGGGCGCCAUAUCGCUCCUAAUUUCCGGUCUCAAACAGAAGGGCAUUAAAUAUUCUCCCUACAGCAUUAAGCGUGCCAUCACCAAUACUGCCACCAAACUAGGCUAUGUCGAUCCAUUUGCUCAAGGCAGCGGUUUGUUGAAUGUCGAGAAGUCAUUUGAGCAUCUAACACAACAUGCUGAAGCCACUGAGAAUAUGCUGCGUUUCUCCGUGCGUUGUGGCGCACAAGCCGCUAAAGGUAUUCACCUGCGUCAGGGUGUGCUCAAGAAACCAUCCGAACAUGAUGUUAGCAUCGAACCAGUAUUCUUUAAUGACUUAGAGACUGAACCACAACAAAAGUUCAACUUUAAUAUGCGCUUGAAUUUGAUCUCCUCACAACCGUUUAUGCAAUGUGGCGCCUACUUGGAUUUGAGUUAUUCAUCGCGUUCGUUGACCGUCAAAAUUGAUCCCACAGGCCUACAGCCCGGUGUACACACAGCAAACAUUUCGGCCUACGACUCAAAUUGCGUUCAGAAAGGCAUCCUAUUCGAAAUACCCGUGACUGUAGUGCAACCGCAUGUCAUCAACACCAACGAGUCUGUCACCUUUGAGUGCAACUCGACCAAAAACGAUGGCAGCAUUGAAUUCCAGCCAAAUACCAUACAAAGAGACUUCAUUAUGGUGCCGAGCGGUGCUACAUGGGCCGUACUGCGCAUGCGUUCAACGGAUAAAAAUCGUGAAAACCUCAUUGGUAAAUUUUUCGUACACACCAUGCAAAUAUUACCACGUUCAUCUUGUCGUGUCUUGGAGACUAUGAAAAUUUUGCCUGUGAAUGCAGAGAACGACACAACGCUGCAUUUCUUGUGCCAGGAGGACAAUAUACUCGAGCUCUGCAUUGCUAAAUAUUGGUCCAACUAUGGCACAACGCAUAUCAAAUAUAGUCUGGAAUUCCAUGGCAUCAAGGCGACCAACACGAAUCCAUAUAUCAUGCCCGCGGCACGUGGCAUACACAAGCUGGAUUUCGUUGCUUUGAAGAGCGAAGACUUGCAGCCGCAAAUCCAACUGAAGACUGCCGCCGUUGUAUUGCGUCCCACUGAAGCCAAGAUCACCCCGCUCAGCGCAUUGCGUGAUGUCAUACCCGACGGACGUCAAAUCUAUCAGAAUGUGCUCACGUUUGUGCUACAAAUCGCCAAGGCACAGGAGGUUGCCGUCUAUGCGCCACUCUUCAAUUCGUUGCUGUACGAAGCCGAAUUCGAAUCGCAGCUCUGGAUGAUGUUCGAUACGAAUAAGGCGAUGGUCGCUUGCGGCGAUGCACACUCACACAAAGUCUACACGAAGUUGGAGAAGGGCGAGUACACGAUUAAGUUGCAGCUGCGUCACGAGAAACGCGAUCUGCUAGAGAAAGUGUACGAGGCGAAUAUGGUGGCGCUCUUCAAGCUGUCCAAUGCCAUCAAUAUGGAUUUGUAUGAUCAUUAUAAUAACUGUUUGACUGGGCGUCGCAAGUUUACCAAUUGCGUGCUGAAGGACACACCUUCCAAGGUGCUGUAUGUGGCACCGUUGCCGCAAGAGAAGCUGACCAAAGCCAAUUUGCCGGCGAAUACUGCCUGGCUGGCCGGCAGUGUGACCUUGGCCAAGGAUGAGUCGGUGCGUCGUGUGGAUUCAUACGACUUCACCUACUACUUGAAUCCACCUGAAAAGAAGAAUGGCAACGGCAGCGCCGGUAGCAGUGCGGGCAGUGGCAAUAAUGCGGCGAAUUCAAGCAAAUCCAAAACCAAUAUCACCGUGCCGAAUAUAGCGGUGAACACAUUAUGCACGCUGAAUACCGAUGUCGGUGACACGUUGACGGCAUCGGGCGAUGGCGCGGCAGCAGCGAGUGCUGGUGCCAGUCCCCCCGCGGGCACUUCGUCCCCGAAGAAGAUGACCACCGACGAGUAUGCUGAGGGACUGCGCGACUUCCAGUGCAUGAUGAUCUCCAAGUGCGAGGUCAGUAAGGCUGAGGAUAUUUACGACGAGGUCAUUGCCGCACAUCCCAAGUAUGCUUUGGCACAUGUGCUCUUCAUGCAGAAUAUCGAAAGCACUGAAUACAAGCCCUUGCUGCCCCAUGCCUUCGCCAAAUUGGUGAACACAAAUGUGGAUGAAGACCCGCACAAAGAGGAGAUGGUGCGUAUUCGCACCGCUUUGGAGCGAGUCUCCCAGCUGGGUGGCUUGGUUAUAAAUGACAUGAAGAGCGAAUAUGAUGAGUUACUGGCUUAUUAUGGGCUCAAGAAUGACACGCGCCCGGAUGCCAGCAAAAUUAAGACCAAUAUGGAUAAGAAAAAGGCGAAUUUGUUGGAAGCGCUCGCCAGAAGAGGUGUCGCAAAAAUCAAGAUUAGCAUCAUCGAUGGCAAUAUGAAGGAUCACCUGGAUGAAUUCAAAGAUAUCUAUGUGGAAAUAAUCAAGCUGUCCGAUCCCACUGAUUCGAAGGUUGUCAACUUCACGCUGUGGCACGCCUAUGCGAAUGCUCAAUACGGUCGCAUGUUUAAGAUUUUGCAGAAAAUGUACGAUGACAAGCGUCAGCGGGACAUACUCGAAGAGCUGAAUCUGUUGGCUGGCUCUUUGGGUUUCGCGCAUGUGCAGACGGCCAUUCAACGCAUAACUGUAACCGCAUAUCCGAAUAGCUUCCGUAUAUUCUAAACAAAAAAAGAGCAAAGAACACGCAAAUUGUCAGUAAUGUAGUAAAUAAAGUGCUCGGCAGUCCGAAGUAUACGCACAUCAUAAUUCAAUACGUUAAAAUAAUAAAAAAAAAGAAAUAUACUAUCAACUUAUACACAUAUAUAUAUAUAGUUCAUAUGUUUUCAUCUAUGUAUGUAUGUAUGUAAGUUUAUCUUUCUUAAGAAAGUGUGUAUUAAGUUUUUCUGUUUAAAAUAUUGUUCUCCAACACUUGUAAUUGUAAACGUAAAAUUUAGCUCUUGAAUAACUUGUAAACGCUCGCAGCAAGUAAAACAAAGUAAAAUUAAACAAUUUUUAUUACUCAAAAAAA